AUACCUUUUCAGCCCACAUAAACUGAUUACCUAAGCUUGUGAUGCCAGUGCCCUUAUCACUGUUCUCCCCUUAGUUAACAUAAGUUUACACAAAAUGAUAGGUGAGUUAUCGUGUCAGUGACUAGGGUGGAUUGAGUUCAUUGUGUAGUCCACACAGAUGACAUGAUACUGCAGGAGAGUAUCUGGGUCCUUGUGCUCUGCUUCUGUCAGCGUGCAACACAAAUCUCUGAGAUGGAUUGCUCCCACAAUAGAAAAGUGUUUUCCAACCAGCCAAUAUGAAGAGUAUCCUGAAGGGCAAAAAUUAUGAGGCGCCUGAAGCUGCUUUGAGUAACACUGUCAGAGCUGUACGCUGGAAUCUUCCUGAUGAAGGUCUUCAGGCGCACAGCUCAGUUCCUAGCAAGAGCACUCAUAGUCCUAGACAAAAGGACUUGAAGGAUCUCCACAGCCUGCAGGAAUGCAUUACGUUUAUCACUCAAUGGAAACAGGAGGUGGAACAUGUCAGCAGGCCUCACUCCAGUGCAGACGAAGGCCCAAAUAUCAGUGUGCAUGCAGAGCCACAUAGUCUGGAACAAUGCCGCAAACUCAUCCUUGAGUGGGCACAGGAGCUCAAGAAAGUUGAUGAUUUGUUUAGUGAGGGCACAUGGCGACAACAAAGAGAUGCAUCUUGGGAGCAGAAAGACAACAAGGUGGAUUCUGCCAAGCAUAUGGAGCAGAAGAUCAUGGAAUGGGCUACAGACCUACAGACUGUGUCCGAGCACUGUGGUGUGAUGAGGCAAGAAUUAGCCCGUUUUCUGAAGCAGCUAGAACUGAAGAAGAGGAAAAUCUUGACUCUGUCUUUUUUGGAAUUCAUAACUUGGUCUCUACUGAAACAGGACAGCCAGGGUAUUGUUCCACAGCUAUGGCUCCUCAGCAAACAGCGUACCUGGAAAACAGAGACACAAAAGUACAUUCCAAACUCAGUAUGGAGAUGGAUCAGCAGUGCUUCAGUGGACAUCACACUGGACCCUAUGACAAGCCACCCAUGGUUGCAGCUCUCUGAUGACAAGAGAAAGGUACAGGAAGCUCUGAAUGAAACUGAAGUGUCCUACAGUACCCAGCGCCUCGACAGCUGGCCGUGUGUCCUGGGCUGGGAAGGGCUCAUUUCCGGUCGGUACUAUUGGGAAAUUGAUAUUGCCAACAAUGGCUACUGGCAUAUUGGAGUGACCACUGCAUCCUCCAAAAGUAACGGCCGGUGUCCCAUGAACCCCUCUGAGGGCUUCGGGACAAUAUGGAGAAGCACACGGCAGUUUUAUGCAUGCACCAAGCCAGAGACCGAGCUUCCUCUGUCACUUGUGCCCAAAAAGCUGGGAGUGUACCUGGACUAUGAAGAAGGACAGGUGUCUUUCUAUAAAGUAGAGACACGCUCACAUAUCUUUACUUCAGUACAGUUGCACAACUCUGAGGAUUUUCAUGAGUUCCCUUUUAAAUGGAAAAUUAUGAAAUUUGGCAUAUCCUCAGACCCUUCUGGUGUCAAUGUGUGCAAAGUUUUCUGA